CGCCGUUUCCAUAACAACGCGAUCAGGAAGAACGAAGUACUGAAGGAAAAGGCGCUUUCGUUCGUAAAUUUUAAAAAGCAUGUUAUUUAAGAUAACCUACAUUAGCUUCUCGCCUUCAUGGCUCGGUGAAAGUUGAAAGACUUUAUCCUCUGACUGUAACAGCCUCGUUUGGUAAAGAUGUCGUUGUCCACGGCCAGAGCCAGUCCAGCGCCAAGCGAGCAAGCAGACGAGACUGACCUGAGAGUCAAAGUUCCAGAUGGGAUCAGGAAGGAGCCUGUCAAACAAACAAGCAUCCCAGCAGAACUGCUGCUCAGCCUCACCUCCACUGUCUCCAAGAACACACAGGGCCACACUGCACAUCACCGAAGCUGUGAAAAUGAUGGAAUCAGACGGCCAGAUGGAGUUUGGCAUUAUCCGCUUGGACGCACCAAAUACAAAUACUUUCUGGAACAGCCAACAUCGCUGACAGAAGCCGGCAGGGAUAUUUCAUUCCUGUGCGAUGCUGUGCUUACACAGAAAAAGAUGACUGCUCUCCCACCACUGCAUGAGAAGAGCUGCAACGGAGACAUAAAGAAAUUGAAUGUCAAACAAAAUGUGAUCCCUGAAGAGUAUCGUAUUGUGAAGAACAAAGGAAUACAAUGCCUCCAGUUGUAUGAAGAUGCAUUCACAGUGCAACUGAAAGAUCAGGAGCAGAAGUUACGAGUCCUCCCAUCACUGAGGCCCAGUGGCAGGCUGGAAGUGAUCCAGCUGAUGCGGAUGAUGGAUGACAUGCUGGAAAAGGCUGGAGUGGAUCAGCAGAACGAAGAGCUGACCGAUCUGUGCCAACUCGAGAGCUUGUUGGAACUGGUGAAGACAGAGCAGAACAUCUACAACAUCGUUUUCCAUGAACUGAUCAGGCAGGUGACCGUCGGCUGUGCUGAGAGAGGACAGCUCCUCGCCAAACUCAGGCAGCGGUACCAGUCUCUGCUGGAGCGAAUCCCCCAGUGCCUGAAGACGUUACAUACUGAGGUGGUGGCGCAGCGGGCUCUGGACCGUCGGCUUAUUGAGCAAAUUUACCACAUCAAGGCAUCCAUCCAGCAGAUAAACAUAGAACUAGCAAAAGUGAGAGACCAUGAUGCUUUUGUUUCCGAUAAGAUGGAGCACGCACAGGAGGAACUUGCCAAAAGCUCCAAAGAAACUCUCAGCUACUCAGAUGUUGUCCAGGGUUACCACCAUCUGUAUGAGCUGCACAGGACUCGUCUGGAGGAGCAGCUGGAACAGUUGACUGAAGACAGAGACCAUUGGAGCAGGUUCACCUUCAACCUCGCCCUCAAAGUGAUUAAAGUGAAGAAGCUCCAGCUUGUCAGUGAGCUGUAUGUCAGUGGGGAAGGCUGGUUCGAGACAGCACAUGACUGCCUCGUCUACAUCACCACAAAGGAUACACAUGAUAUGGAUGUCAUAGUGGAGCUAACCAACAAGUGGAAAAAUCAGCUGACUACCCUCAUGUUGUUUGUGAAGAAGAUUCAUCAUGCUCAGUUUGAACAGAUCUUCUCCUUGAAGGAAGGCAUCAAAAAGUGGCAUCUUCACAUCAGGACACAAAAUCGGAAUAAGGUUCCAGAAUAUGACAUUACAACAAUGGCAGAAAUCCAUGCAGACUUAUGGAGGUGGUCAAAUAAGCUGUCAGUUGUAUGUGAGGAAUGCCAAGGUGAAAGAAAGGCUAUAUUUCAGAGGAGGCUGCAUGAAGUCUACAGUACCAUGGAUAAAUUUGCAAAAAUAAGCUUUCGGACUGUUGAAAGGCACAUUUUCCCUGAUGUUGAGCCCGCUGUGAGCCUUGAGACUAUAAGAGAGCUGGAGAAUGUCCUAACUGAACUUCUCAGACAGUAUAACACCCAAGCCAGUGAGAUCCACCAACUCAUCGCAUCCAUGUUUAACCUGAUGGACUUCUGGGCUUCUGUAACUCAUAGUGCACUGCAGGUGUUCUCUCCUCAGUCAGCGAUGACCGCCUCUGAUUGGACUAAACUGGAAGAAGCUUUUUCUAAUUGGAGGAACAUAGUUGAAGAUAUAUUUUUAUACUUCCCCUUCGCACAAACGGACAAACAAACGGACCAAAGAAUGGUCAAAAAAGUCCCUGACUUGUACUCAGGGACAGAAAAGGCUUUAGAAGAGGUUCAGGAGCUCGCAAAUCGCCUGUUCAGCUUCACUGAGACUGAGAACAAGAAACUGCUAGAAGAGGUGGUUUGUCUUCAUGAAGGUCAAACAAACUUGAUGAUGGCUCUGUUGCUUCACAUGUUACCUGACCAGAUUGAGGAAGAAGAUAAAGAUCCAAAACAUAAAGACAAAAUAAAAAACUCAGCACAAGCUUUAGUUGAGGAUGCAGAAAGGCUUUCUAAGAAAUUGGUCUAUUAUUCCAGAUUUAUUACCAGAUCAUCCAACUUAAUUUUGGAGCAGGCGUUUAUAGUGGACCCUAUUGAUGCACAGAUGGAAAAUAAGACAGAACAGUUUAAAAAGCUGCAGACAGAUGGUAAUAAAUGGUUGGCAAGUUUGAAAAUACUGCUCAAAGAACUUACUGAGAAAUUUGAGAAGAAACUCAUCAUGCAACCCAAAGAAACUUCAAGCAUCCCUCAGCCACCAGAAAGCAUGGAGACUGAGACCAGUGAAGGUCCUUUGCAGGAGCCCAGGCAAGCUGACAAAACCAGAGAUGGGACUGAACCAGAACAAACUGAGACCAGUGAAGGUCCUUUACAAGAGCCCACGCAACAUGACGAAACUACAGAUGGGACUGAACCAGAAAAAACUGAGACCAGUGAAGGUCCUUUACAAGAGCCCACGCAACAUGACGAAACUACAGAUGGGACUGAACCAGAAAAAACUGAGACCAGUGAAGGUCCUUUACAAGAGCCCACGCAACAUGACGAAACUACAGAUGGGACUGAACCAGAAAAAACUGAGACCAGUGAAGGUCCUUUACAAGAGCCCACGCAACAUGACGAAACUACAGAUGGGACUGAACCAGAAAAAACUGAGACCAGUGAAGGUCCUUUACAAGAGCCCACGCAACAUGACGAAACUACAGAUGGGACUGAACCAGAAAAAACUGAGAUGAUUGAAGAACCUGAAACAGAACAACAAGAGAGGCCAUCAAUUAAGCUGAUAGACUAUGAUGGAAACAUCAUUCAAAGAUAUCAGGAUGACAGCAUGGUCCAGCUGCCUGGGGGCAAUGAGCUGGUUGUGUGUCCAGUAAUAGAAGAAGCUCAAAAAGCUUUCUCUGAUCUAGCAGCACUAGUGCUGCUGCAGAAAGAACUAAGGGACUCCGAGAAGCUAACAAUAAUUGCUGAGAAGCGAGCUCGGGAAGCUGAGGAGGCUCUGACUGAAGCGCUGAAUAAGAUUAAAGACCUGGAGAGAUUGCUCCAGCGUCAGCCUGCUCCCGAGUCUCCAAGCAAAGAUGAGGAAAAGAUAAUGCCACCUCAUUCCCCACCUACGGCUGCAGAUCCAACUUCUGAAACAUAACCCACAUCUGAAUCCGAAAAAGAAAGCAACGCCUCAAAGAAAACAUGUUGUGACUCUAUGUUUAUGUUUGAGACUGUCUUAUUUAUUUUUGUUGUAUUUGGCAAAGAAGAAAAAUAUAAUCGGCUACAUUUAACAACCCACGACUUCUCAAAGUGUGUGACGCAUAAAUAAAAAACAAACUGAAGAAAGCAGAAAAGCAAUGUACAUUUACAGUAUGGAGAGGUUUUCUUUCAUCGCCUUAUGAAAGAAAGGCGAUUCUUUCAUAAGGCGAUGAAAGAAUUCUUGUACACCUCACUCAGGAAGUGAGGUGUACAAGGAUACACCUCACUUCCUGAUACUGUGUGUGCUGUGCAUUUGCUUUCUGUGGCACCUGUCAACCCUUUGUCUCUUCAAUAUCUCUCUUCUUCCUGCUGUAUUAAUAAAUGUCUAUGCAAAUAUUCUUGGGAGUUCCUGUUUAUCCUUUGCUAUUUCAUAAAUUGAAAUUAAAAUGAUGAAUAUAUUUUGAUAUUUCGUUAUAUUUAAUGGCAAGAAAGAUAAU